CUGAACAGAAGUUUUAAAGAAAGACUGAAACAAUUGACAAGGCAAAAGAUUGGGAACCUGAAUGCUAUUCAGAGUGCAGGCGAGAAGCUUAAAGCUGCACUUGAACAUACAGUGACGUCCUUAAGAAGCUUUGUAGAAGAAAUUCGUACUAAAGAAGAUACUAUACAAAAACUUCAAACGCAUAUCGAAUCUAUGCCACCUUCAGUACUAACAAGAACAUUUUAUACUCAAAGAAUACUGAGUAUCGUAGCCAACGUCAAAAAACAAAAUGAAGAAAUGCAUCGGGUGCUUGAAGAUGUAAAAAGUGUGCAGCGUGAAAUCAAUUCAAUACAGGGAAAAGUUGAGCGUACGUUUACCGUUACGGAUGUAAUUAUUUUUCGGAUGGCCAAAUCGGAUGAGACUGCCCGGCGUAUUUACAAGUAUUUGAUUUCAUUGCAAACUGAUUGCUCUGACAUCCAAAAAUUAGUGAAAGAAUCUGGCAACUUGUCACGAGAGAUAAAGGAUUUAGAAGAUCAAGCGGAGAUCGAAUUACGUAAGAAUAUUGCUACAAAAAUUAGGCGACUGCAAAGUGACCUCGAACAGAUACGGACGGAAAAUCAGAUUUUAGAAGAACGAGUCGGUACUAAAAUUUAAUUAUUCAUCUUAGUUUAUUUCCAGUCAGCCUCACUUUGUUCAAAUUAAAUUUUUCUCACUUCAAUAAAGUUCAACAUUCCAA